AUGUCGGCAUCCUUCACCCCCGCCCCCGGGGGGCAGAAGGGGCGACGGAUCCGAUGGUUCCGUGACGUGAAGCGGCGGGGAGCGGGGCCGGGCCCCGAGGAGAGCGGGGCCGCCCGUCGCCGCCCGGCCCCCGGCAAGCGUGGGGACGGCGUGGCCCUCGCCCGCCCCACGGCGGGGUGCCACCCCCCCACCCCCCCGGCGCCGUGCGGCGACGCGGCCCUGCCCACGCCGGCCGCCGAGCAGCCGUCGGGGAGGAUUAACAAAACCGCCUUCAAACUGUUCAAGAGGAGGAAAUCCGGGGGCACCAUGCCGAGCAUCUUCGGGGUGAGGAGCAAAGGCGGGGAAGGGAAAGGCGCCGGCAAAGCCGCGGGGAUGGUGCGGAGCCGGACGCACGACGGCUUGGCCGACGCCGUGCUGGAGAGCGGCAAGAAGGAGGAACCGGGCGGCGGCGGCGGCGGCGGCGGGGACCCGCAGAGCGCGGAGCCGCAGGGCCGGGCGGGCGGCGGCCCCGGCCUCUCCCCCGGCAGCGCGGUGGCCAAGUCGCACAGCUUCUUCUCCCUGCUGAGGAAGAACGGCAGGGCGGAGAGCGGCAAGGCGGAGGGCGCGGAGCAGCGGGCCGGCGGCAGACAAAAGAAGGGGCUGAAAGGCAUCUUCAGCAGCAUGCGGUGGCAUAAAAAGGACAAGAACGGCAAGGAGGAGAGGGGGGAAACCUCGGAGAUCCAGGCCGGCCUUAUUAUGCCGGGGUCUUUGACCGCCAGCCUGGAGUGCAUCAAGGAGGAGACGCCGAAACCUUUGUGUGAAACUCCGAGCGGCGCGGGGGACGUGGGGCCGGAGGCGCCGCGGGAGAAGGGCAGCGGCGAGGCCCGAGCCUCGGCCCCGGAGCCCCAGGCGGGAGGGGGGGAGACGCGGGACAGCGCCGUCCCCCCCGGGGAGGACCCUGCCGCUGGAAGGCGACCCGAGGAGCCCAGCCGGGAGCCACCGGAGCCGGGCGCCGGAGGAGAGGUUGGGACUGCGAAGGAUGCGGCCAUAACAGGUGACGUUCCAAUACCGACUAUUCCCCCUGUUGAACCUCACUGUGAUAGCGGUCAAGAGACGGCAGCCGCCCCUGACCCUUCCUCUGUUGAUCCACCCUCAGAGCAAUCGAUUGAUCGUAUUUGUUUGAUGUUUGCUGACGUGACUUCACUGAAAAGCUUUGACUCUCUUACAGGCUGCGGAGAUAUUAUUGCGGACCACGAGGAGGAUGUGGGCAGCGGGAGUGGCGGCUGCGCCAAGAGCGCCCCUGGGGCCGGCAAACUGGGGGCCUCCAAGAAGCACCCCACCAUGGUGGCCUACCAAGGAGGAGGGGAGGAGAUGGCCAGCCCGGACCAGGUGGAUGACACCUACCUGCAGGAGUUCUGGGAUAUGCUGUCGCAGACAGAGGAGACCCAGGCAGAAGCAGGAGGAGGUGGAGGAGGGGCGAAGAAGCCCGAGGGGUUGAAAGAGAACCGGGGUACCGAGGGGGCCCAGAACAGGGUGGCGGUGAAACGUGGUGGCCUCCACCAGAUCCCCAUUCACCUCAACCACAAAGAGGAGCAGAAGAGCAGGGAGAAGGAUCAGCACGAAGGCGUCCCAAACAGUGACGAGGGCUACUGGGAUUCUACCACCCCUGGGCCUGAGGAAGAUGGUUCCACAAGCAUUCAGAAGGAGACCAUUCCCAGGGACAGCUACAGUGGGGAUGCUCUCUAUGACCUCUACACUGAGCCGGAUGAGACCCCGCCAGCGGCCCCUGCAGAUGAAGGGGUCACUUGUGUGCCACGCUCCAAGCCCGUGUCUCCAAUAACAACCACGUGCUCACUGAAAACACCCUCAAGCACGCUGAGGGACUCCAAGAUACCCAUCAGCAUUAAACACCUUUCAUCACAUCCUGCCAGCCACGGAGCAGACUCCAGUAACAGCCAUCACGUUGCACACCAUCACCUGGCCAAAAGUGAGAUGCACAGAACAAAAAUCCCCGUCUCUAAAGUCCUGGUACGCCGGGUCAGUAACAGGGGCUUAGCAGGGACAACGGUGAAAGCUGCCACAUACCAGGACAGUGCCAAAAAAUAGUUGAGUAGGAGGUGGAGACAAAGUCGGACAGCAAGGUCGGUGUGUGAAAGUCUGGGUAGGAGACCACAGAUAAUGAAUUAGUUUUACAUCACCUGAAGAAAGGCACCAAAAAGGCUUACUUUACUGUGCUCCAUGGGCCUGCACUUCUGAAUCCCGUCUUACUAGACUAUAUGGCUGAAUAUAAAAUAAUCGACGUCUUUUUGAGCACUUUUUUUUUACAUUUGUAUUGUUUUUCUGCAGCUCUAAACACUGGGGAGGUUCAUUUUUACAUGCCUUUUUGGAAGCAGGACUUGGAUUAUGAACCUAACUGAGCAUCCUUCCUCGUGCAGAGCAGUGCCAUCAGUUCUUCAGGGGAACAGAGUUACAGAAGGAGCGACAGGAGAGGUUCUCCAAUACACUUAUCUUUUAAUCAUUUCUGGGGGAGGAGCGGAGGGUGGGCGCCUGGCUCCGAAAAUGGUGUUUGCUCUACGAGAUGUUGGAAAAAAAAAUACCAAGCAAAAAACGACCAACCUAACAGGUAUUUUACCUGCUGUAGGAACGAGAGCACUGCUCAGAAGCAGACUUGAUUGACUUGUGUGCAGUAGCUCACUAAGGAGUUAGGUGGACUUGUCUAGCAGGAAAACAUAUUUUUGUUUGUCUGUCUGUCUGGUUGGUUUUGAUCUGGUCUAAUGUAAAUGGGUAACAGAGACACCUGACCUAGGUUCAGAUGUUUACAUCAAUACUUGUCUGAUAACGCAUACAAUCAGGUUCAGGGAAACAUUUUACUAAAUGCCAAUAUAUACACACUGUUCACAUUUAUACAAUAACUUGCUCGCCAUGUGUAAAUAUAUACAUAUUUUAGCAGAUUUACUCAAUGCUACAGAUUUUUUAUAAAAAGAAAAAAAAAUCACCCGUCUGUAUUAUCUAGAGUUUAAGCAAGAGUUAGUUUUUAUAGGUAGAUAAUUUUACAGUUCUAAAAUGAUAGAACUUUGUGUAAGUACCUUAAAUUAGAGCAAAACUCUGUUUUGUAUGGGCUCAUGCAUCCCCAGAUAAGUAAGUCUGAAGUGCUGAUUUUAUUCCAGUGGCACAUUCCAUGGGUUGGAGCUGAGGUUCUGACAGCAUUGCCACUGCAAACCUCUAUUUUCAGGGGUUUAGACAAAGUUGCUCUGGGCUUAAACCUUACAGAGAAGGAACCCAGGAAAGAAAGGUGUUUUUUAAUUAUUAUUUUUUAAAAUAUAUAAAAUUAGUUUUUUGACUAUUUAAAGAAAGUUUGGGUUCUUGUUGCUUUUUCUUUUCAUUCUUAAUAACGUCAGAAUAAUUUUACUUUAAGAGAGAAAAAGAAAUACGGUAAGCUAGUGGUACCUAAAAUGGUCUGAUGAGCUUGUCUUCUAUGAGAAAUGUAUUAAUGGCCAGGACGUUUUUUGAACAGUGGCUACUGUACGUGGGCAUUGACAACAUUUCAAAGAAAUUUAAUAGGGUUUUAAUGUGCCUGAGGACAUAUUUUUAUGAUACACUGAAAAAGCUCCAAAAAUCACUGAAGUCUAAAGGUAAAUGUUAUCUAUUUACAAAAUAUUUUGAUAUAAGUAUUUAAUCAUCAGACCACAGUUAAUAUAAAAUAUAUGCUCCAGUGUAUCUGAAAAAUAAUAUACAUUUUAAAAAUAUACGUGUCUAUAUUAUGCAGAGAAUCCUAAAUUCACAUAAUUGAAGCUAAUGGGUCUGAUCUUACAUAGCAGUUGGUUUUAUUGUCUCUUAAAUCGAAAGAAAAAAAGGAAAAUAAAUAUACAGAAUAUACGUUUGAAGGAUAUUAAGGUUAUAGACAAACCAUAAAAAGCCGGGAAAUGCCAUAAUAAGAAUAGUCUAUAUGUAUAUGUGUGGUUCACUGGGGAAAUGACCUUAUAUUCACAAGGGUAAAAUUGGCAUCUGUUUCUGAAAUUACAGCAGGAUUUAAUACCAAACUGCAAUGCCCCAGUGACCAGGGAGAAAGCGGUGGCUUUCCCCAUCAGUCCCUGUUUUCAUGGUUUGAGGAAGAACCUUAAUACACUUCAAAGAAGACUUAUUUUAUGUGUUUUCUUUCUAAGGUGUAUGUAUGUGUGUGGUUCUCUACAUGCCUACUCACACAGACGUGUUGUACAUAUGCAUGUGUGGUCAGAACGUGCCAUCUCCUGGGGUCCGUGCCCCCCCGGGGGCAGGUGCACACCCUUGCACACUCGUGUGAACACAGCCACGCGUGCACGCUCCCAUGCACAGGCUGAGGGAAUGUGCUGUAGGUCUCUCUCCGAACACGCCGGCGGCGAUUCCCUUUGCCUGAGAAAGGGAUUUGCAUUUGGCCUGGCUCUGCUUGUGCAUUUUAGAAAGUUCAAGCUGAAAUAAUACCCUGGAAAGGAUGAAUGUACAGAGCAUGGAAUAUCAUCCUGGUCCUCAGCCCUAAACCUAACAAACAGCCCUGUUUCUGUUCUUCUGUUUCCAUUUGACUGGAAGGGACACAUCUUUCCUUGCAUGCCAACUCUGCAGAAAAAUCAUAAUUCCCCAUUUUGUUGUAAGGACAAACAGUGCAGAGAUUCUAUAGGGCACUGGAAGUUGAGAGGGAGGGAGGACGUGGUGAGCUUGGGGGAGUACCCUCAAAUCUGGAGGCACUGAGAGCAGGUAGUAGGGGUGGUGCAUCUUUAAAAGCACUAGAGGAUAGGAGCUACCGUCUCUACAGGACUGGUGUGUGGCUAAUUAUUCCUCAUAUGCAUUUUGUUUGCGUUGUGGCAUGUCUGUAUUGAGAAACCAAUGGAGUGACGCUAGACUAGCUCCCUCUCGCCUAAUGACUAACACGAAUCAUCAUUAAAAUGCUUUGGCUUCCCUUCAUUUUUCUCUCUCUCCUUUGUUUUCCGCCCUGUUUUUCCUCCCUCCUCUGCAUGCUGGUGGGGGGGGCUUCCUCCUCGGUGGGACCCCCCCGGUGUGGAGCGGGGAGCCCCAGGGUUGGGGACGGGGUGGGAGGGUGGCCCAGGUGCUCCCCGGCUGCUCUCUCCAUCUUUCUAUCCCAUACCCAGCCUUCGUGCAUUUUGCAAAUCUCUUGGCGGUUCGUUUGGCUGCUUGCUAUGUACAUAUUUUAAGGACAAUCAUAUCCUUAAAAGGAAAAUGGGAAAGUGGCUUGUGGUAGGGCGUCAGCAUUUUGACUCCUUGCGACAUAACUGACGUUGAUUCAGGGUAAUGGUUGUGUGAGAGUUAAAAUGCAAUUUAAUGCUCAAAUUAACUUUGUAUUUAUAAAACUCACUUUUGUCUUUAAGCCAUCUAUGUUUUUUUAUGUCAGAAGGUCAUAGAAAAUUUAAUAUUUGGUAGGGCUUUCAAUUUUCAUAGAAAUAUAUUUGUAUAACUCCACACAAUGCCGAAAACAAUCAUUGGAAGGAGGUUCAGAGGCUUUCUUUAGACCUAGAUUUAAUUCCCAAAAGAUCCCUGCAAAAUACUGUGAGAUGCCUAAGAACAAACAGUUAAUGGUUUGCUGGAUUUAAAGGCUGAGACAUAAAGAGGUAAUAGUCCUGAGGCAUUCUGUAAUGCUUUGCAUUCUUAUUUAUGUUACCCUGUUCAAGCAUAUAUUUUCUUUGGCUUUGGUAGGUAUCGAGGUAGAAGUGGUGUUCUGAGUCCCAAAGAUAACAUUCCCAAUGCUGUCGUCUUUUUUAUUUUCUUAAAGAAUACUUUUCUUUAUUUGUUUUAUUUGUUAUUUUGUGGUCUGAACAAUGCUUUGUAAUUAUCAGCUUGUAUGUAAUUCAUAAAGGAUUUUAUAGAUCAGGACUUGCCAUUUAGUUCUAUAUGUACUCUUUGCACUUUCAGGUCACUACUGGUAAAUUUUGUAUGUUCUUAGGGUAUUUCUAUAUAUUGCAUAGUGUUUUAUAGCUAUCUACAGUGAUUUCAGUGGUAUACAUUCCUGUCCUAUAUAUCAGCACAAAAGAUUUCCUUUCCGUAGCAUGAAAUGAUGUUUUUGUGGACUUCUUUUGUCAUGAGAGGAGUUACAUUUCCUGUACUGUAUGUGUGGCCUGCAGCAGAUAUAAAGGGUCUUAUUUUCCCUGUAGUGCGUAUGCAUUUUGCUCUUGCCAGUAAUAGGACUCAAGCACACGUAGUAGGUUUCAGAAGAAAUUCCAUGACUAGAAUAAGAAAAAUCUACGUUCAGUCUUAUUCCAUCAAUCACCAGCAUUUUCUUCAUCCACUGUGAAUAUCCUCACCGCCAUUCAGGGUAGUAGAGGACUGAAUCUUUAAAAUUACAUGCAGAGAUGUACACUAUGAAAAUUAAUUCACUGAUUAUUUUUUAAUGACUCUUACUAAAUUAUUUAUCUAAGCUAAGCGAAUAUUGCACCAAAGUCUUCAAAACGUCUGAUACAGAUGGCAUUUUCAGUAAGAUGCCCUAAGUGCAGAUGAGCCAAAUUAACAGGCUUUGCUUUGCAAAGCAAAACCUUGUUUUUCCUUAAAUUUGUAGUACUGGGUGAGCUUGCAGAUCAAAGGGAGCCAUUGAUUCUGCUACAUGGCCAUGCUCAGAGGUUUUUUCCCCCCCUGUUCUAAUGGACUACUUUCAGAAAAGGCUUCUCAGCAAGAUAAUGGCAUGAAAGAGACAGUUCACAGUAACAAUAGCCACUUACAAGGCAGAUGGUUAUCUAACAGCCACAAUGGGGGACUCGGAGCAAGGUGGCCUGAAAAUGUAUUUUCGUAGUUAUUGAUAUGAAAGGCUGAGGCUUCUGUCUUGGAAAAACAAAUUGACACUGACUCACAGACGCUGCAGAAAUGAGUCUUGGCAGAGUUUACACGUGACAGCUUCUGCAGGUUUUUAAUUUCCUUUAUUUUGGCUCUUCCUUUUUUGUUGUUGUUUUUGCUUUGUUUAUGUUUUCAUUGUGGUGACAUAACCCCACGUGUCGGGCAGAAUUGCACAAUAACUGACUCUUCUGAGAUUCAAUGCUGAGAAUACACUGUCAGUUGUCCUCAGUGGCCUGGGACUGCUCCCCACUGAACAUCCCUCCCUUGCAUUGAGGAAUGGGAGGGAUGAGAUGAUGGGAUUCCCUUGUCAUGAGCCCAUGGGCUGUUUACUGUGAGCGGGACAUAUCCGAAUCUCUCUUGCUGGUUGUGUUCAGGGGACGGUUUGUUUUUAAUCUGACUCACAGAAAUUUUUGAGCUCAUCAUUAGCACACAUGUUGUCUUCCCCGUGAGCAUCUUGGCUAGGAGCGGUCAGCAUUGAUUGGUGUUUCCUAGGACUGUUUCUUGUAGAGAGAAAUGGAAGAAGUUGCUAUAUGCAAGGGAAUAAGAGCUAUAUCCACUCAAUCCACAUCCUGGGGGCCUUUAUUCCUGCAAAAGCAGGUUGUUAAAGCUCUUCCUGCCUUAGAGGGCUUCUCCAUGCAAAACAGUGAGAACUAUUGCCUGGGACCACUUUUUUUUCCCCCCUCUGUCUUUUGUUCCCUCUCAGCCAUACUGCAGUAGCUUGGGAAACAGAAUUUUGACCUAUCCCUCCGGCACUAGAAAAGAGGAGCUGCUGCCAGUGUGUUCUUCAAGGGGGCUUUGCUCCUACUCGGUCUGGAAAAAAUGAAUUCACUUUCAGAAGAAACUGCAAAGGUAUUUAAAACUGAGAUCUCUGCUGUGUGAUCUCAUACACGUGGGUGAGAAUGUUGAGUGAUAUUUUGCAUAGAGUGGAAUAUAUCCCUCCACUUUCCUGUUGUGGACCAUCUAGCAAAUCUAGCGGGGAAGCAUGUCGCUCUUCUGGGAAAGCCCAGAAGCUGUUUGUUAUGGAGACUGUGCCCAGAUUUUCUUUUUCUUUGGUAAGAACUGCUUUUCUUUUUCCUCUGUGUAUAUAAUUCAAUAAAUAGAACCAAAGUUGCAGUGGAGAGAGGAAAAGGUUACGUACUCCACAGGGCAAGGAGUUUAAACUGCUAGGCUGAGAGGUUUCUUGUAGCAGUGGCUAAAAGAAGAUUGCUUUGCCUCCUGUAACAUCACAUGCAAGCAAUGCUCAGAAAUAGAAGCUGAUGCAGCUAUGGCCACAAACCUAAAAAACACCGAGAAAACAUGACAAUCUCCUUCUAAGGCCCAUUUGUUCUGUGGCAAAGCUUCCACUGACUCCAGUAAGAACUGGAGAAGGUCCUUAAUCUCUUAAUCUGGAAGGAAAUAGGAAGUGGUUCUUAAAUAAGUCUUCCCUUUUUUUAAAGAUGAACGUUAUUCAGGUGAUUGUGCAGUCUUUUAUAUUAUUGUAGCAGUAUUUUCACUGAUCUGAACGCAAAACAUGUCUUUCUGUUGUUCUUCCAUCUUAACAAGCAGCCACUCCCGCGUGUAACUCCAGUGCUCAGCAUGUUUAAAUUACAGCUAACACAAUCACUGCCUUCCUUAAUUUAACUUGUGAUGGCAAAACCAGGACCAGAUCCUUUCCAAAGCGCUAAAACCCCUUCUUAUUGUGUUAUUGUUCUUGUUUCUUGAUACGGUAACUAAUGAUGCCUCCCUUUAAUGUUUCACAGCCACAUCUUAAAUCUGUUUUUAGGGAGACCGGUGUGUAGGUACUGAAUGGUAAGAACUUUAACAUUUUUAUUAUUUUGGGUGAUGUUGCAUCAAAACAGUUGCUAUUUCAGUAUCAGGUUGUUUCUAUGGGCUUUUUAUGUAGAUGCAUUGGAAGCUUUGAACAUAAUGUGCUCGUAAAAGAAAAUUGGCUACAUCUGCUUUGAAUUAAGCCUGACCUUAAAAUGCAAAAGCUUCACAUCUGGUGAUGUUUCUUGCUUAAUGGCAGCAAAGGGGAAGGUCUGCCCCAACUCACCUGCACCCCACGGAUUUGGGGUGCCAGGCACUGUCAGCGGGAGAAUUUGCUGUCUGACCCUGCCCUGUGGUCCCUCCAGAGGGUCCCAGGGUGUCACCGUGUGGAGGUGUCUGCCAGGUUGGACAGCAGCAGGCAAAGCCAGGAUGGUGGUGCUGUGCCAGGAUAGGAGGGUUGAUAGGGUGGCUGGGAGAUGGGGUGAAAGCAGGGGCUGGACCUCUGGUCUCUGUGGAAAAAGAAUUAAACAUACGCCUAUAAAAUCUGGCUACUGUUUUUUUUUCUCCUUGCAUUAGUGCUUGGAUUGCUGUGUUACACUGAGUUAGGAACCAGAGUCUGGGUGUGUUAAGUCAGUGCUCCUGCCAGUGGACAACAGUGUGACUGCUCUCAUCAACACCUGAGCAGUUCUGAAGGCAGUUUUAGCACGGAGACUUCCACAAAUCCCCUGCAGCCCAGCACUGACCUGACCCAUGGCAUCUUGCUGCUCUUCCAUCCUCGUUUUUCCAGGGGGUGUGAUGACCCAAGCCCUUGGCAGGGUAGUGAGCACUGGCUGCACCUUUGCAGCCCAAGGGCAGGCGUGCAGGGGAGUGUAAGGCACACUGUGCAGCAGCACUGGAUCCUAGCUAGAGCCCAAGGAACUUUCUGCAGCACGUGGCUUGGUAAAAGCAAGAUUAUCCUGCUUUUCAAAAGAGGGAGCAAGGCUGAAGCUGUUGCCUUUGUGGAAAUUUGAAGCAAAUCCUCUGCCAUGGGACAGAUUGUAACAGCUGGACAAUGUCUCAGUCCACCAGUCUGAAAUCAGUGGAUCUAUUAGCGGUGUUGGUUGUUAUUGAGUGGAGAUCCUGUAAUUUGGCCCCAUCUGAAUUUUCCUUGCUGUGUUUGUCAGCAGAGUGUGUCUCGGAACAGCUCUGGUGUUGAGGCUUGUGGCCCCGUUGAAAUGGGGGAUGAGGUAUGAAGGUGGCUGGUGGAAAAUGCAGAUUCAGUAAGUCCAGUAAAAACACAGCCUGGCUUCAGUCUUUUAUCACAGCCCAAUUCUGCUUAAAUAUCAUGGUUUGCCUGAGGAAAAUGUAGCAGGGAGUGCUCCACACUGCAUCUGACAAACCGAUGCUCUCGAGGUUUCCUAUGUGUGAAAGGACAGAUGUGUCCUGUUACAAGUCACUUAACCUGUUCCUAUAAGACGUGUUAUAGCUGACAGAUCACUGUUAAUUGCAAUUUCCCCUCGUAUCUUUGGUGCCAGGCACCUCCAGUAAGGUAGAAUACAAACUAUUCAAGAUAAUGAGUGAGUAAACCAGAACUCCUCUCUCUUCUUAUCUAAACGGUUUGCUAAUAAUCUGACGAGUCUGUGUGCAGCAACUUUUUAUUAGUGAAGGCUCACAACGCUCCGGGGGGUGUUUUUAUAACAGACUGUUAGACACACUCUGCUCCUUUCCACUUCUGCAAACUUCGAUGAGUAUGUGUCUCCUCCAAUCACUGUAUUUACAACCUAACUGAUAGCAAUAGAUGUCUUUCUUCCCUGGCAGUUCACAAGGAUAUACUAAUCAGUGUUUAUUAUAUUUUUAAUUCUGUAAAUAUUUAUUUUGGUACUCUGUGUAUUUAUUGGCACUGAUUCUGGUGUUUGCUUAUGUGUCAUUGUAAAUGUUGAUGGUUUCAAUAGUCUUGCUUCUAAUGAAUGUAAGGAACUCAGACUAACUGCACUUUUCUUCCAUUCAAAAAUCUUACAGUGAAAAAUAUUCCCACUGUCAUAUUAUGUGUUAUAAUGAAUACAGUUAAUAAAAUCAGUUGUCACUUUUCAUUGA